GUAUUUCAUAUUUUAAUAUGCGAUUACUUUUCCUUAUUUUUAUGUAGAAAAAACAUUAUUAUAUUUGAUUUUCUUAGUCCAACCUCAGAAGAAAGUCUAUAUAUACUCAACCUCUCUCACUCUCCAUUUCUCAAAAUCUCUCAACUCUCUUUCUCCCUCUCCCCCAUGGCUUCUUCUUACAUAAUAUCACCAAACCCAGCCAAACUCAAUCUCUCCUUUGCACCGUCAGAUCUCGAUGCUCCUUCACCGUCAUCCUCCGUUUGUUACACCAACACCAAGUCCAGACGCCGUAAAUUCUCAACAAACUCCGUCACAGACUCUCCGGCUUUAUUAAAUUUCCCAAACUACCCUUCGCCGAAGCCCAUAAUUCUGGAAAAGGACACUUCUAACUGGAAUCCUCUCCAACGGGCCGCUUCCGCCGCUUUCGACUUGGCCGAGGCCGCAUUACUCUCUCGCGAGCGUUCUCAGCCUCUUCCUAAAACCGUUGAUCCUCGCCAUCAGAUCUCCGGUAACUACGCUCCGGUGCCGGAGCAAUCCGUUAAAUCAUCACUCUCCGUUACCGGGAAAAUCCCUGACUGCAUUGACGGCGUUUAUUUACGUAACGGCGCUAAUCCACUCUUCGAGCCAGUCUCUGGUCAUCACCUCUUCGACGGAGACGGCAUGGUUCACGCCGUUAAAAUCACUAACGGAGACGCGAGUUACUCGUGCCGGUUUACGGAAACCGAGAGAUUGGUUCAGGAGAAACGUCUUGGUUCUCCGAUUUUCCCUAAAGCCAUAGGCGAGCUACACGGUCACACCGGCAUCGCUCGGUUGAUGCUAUUUUACGCACGUGGUUUAUUCGGUUUAUUAAAUCACCGUAAUGGAACCGGAGUCGCUAACGCCGGUUUGGUUUAUUUCCACGACCGGUUAUUAGCAAUGUCUGAAGACGAUCUCCCUUACCAAGUUCGCGUUACCGAUGAUGGCGAUCUCGAGACCGUCGGAAGAUUCGACUUCGACGGACAAUUAAACUCCGCCAUGAUCGCUCACCCUAAAAUUGACCCUGAAACGAAGGAGCUAUUUGCGUUGAGCUACGACGUCGUUAAGAAACCGUACCUUAAAUACUUCAGAUUCUCGCCGGAAGGGGAGAAGUCGCCGGACGUUGAGAUUCCUCUCGCGAGUCCGACGAUGAUGCACGAUUUCGCGAUCACAGAGAAUUUCGUGGUGAUUCCUGAUCAACAAGUUGUGUUUAAGCUCUCCGACAUGUUUCUUGGGAAAUCACCGGUUAAGUACGACGGAGAGAAAGUCUCCCGGUUUGGUAUUUUGCCGAAAAACGCCGAGGACGCGUCGGAGAUGAUCUGGGUAGAGUCUCCGGACACUUUCUGUUUCCACUUGUGGAACGCUUGGGAGUCACCGGAGACUGAUGAGGCUGUUGUGAUCGGAUCUUGUAUGACUCCGGCGGAUUCCAUCUUCAACGAGUGUGAUGAGCAGCUCAACAGUGUUUUGUCUGAAAUCCGGUUAAAUCUCAAAACCGGAAAAUCCACACGAAGAACUAUAAUUCCCGGUUCGGUUCAGAUGAAUCUUGAAGCUGGUAUGGUUAACCGGAAUUUUCUAGGGAGGAAAACCCGGUACGCGUACCUAGCCAUAGCCGAACCGUGGCCUAAAGUAUCCGGAUUCGCUAAAGUGGAUCUUUCAACCGGAGAAGUCAAAAAUCAUUUUUACGGUGAUAAAAAAUACGGAGGUGAACCUUUUUUCUUACCCAGAGGGUUAGAAUCUGACGGAGAAGAUGACGGUUACAUUAUGUCGUUUGUGCACGACGAGGAGGGUUGGAAAUCGGAGCUUCAGAUUGUUAACGCCGUUACGUUGGAACUGGAAGCAACCAUUAAGUUGCCAUCAAGAGUACCGUAUGGUUUUCACGGCACCUUCGUGAAUUCGGCUGAUAUGUUAAACCAGGCUUAAGAUGCAGUAAACCGAAACAGGUCAUGGUUGGUUUACUGUGCAUAGGGAAUUUUUAAUUUUUUUUGUGUGGGAACAAAUACUAGUUUUUAAAGCAGGGCGGCAGAAGCCAGCUUGAAGCUAGUGUAAGUAGAAUUUUUGUGAGCUCAGCUGCUUUCUGCUGCAUAUUUAUGUACUAAAAUGAAUAUUUUUUGUUAAUAAUCAUUAAUGCCUUUCUCAGUA